AUGUCGUCGUCGGAGCCCGAUGCCGAGGGCGCCCUCGGCGGCGCCUCCCCAUCCGCCCGCGUGCUCGCCCGCGCCCUCGACAAGAUCAUCAAGCACUCCUCCUGGCGCCGGCACGCCGCGCUCGUCGCCGCCUCUAAGUCCGCGCUCGACCUCCUCUCCUCCUCCCCGGCUCCUGAUGACGAGCCCGACACCUCCUCGCCCUCCCCCGUCCCCGGCCUCCCAGCGCCCGCCGCCGCCGCCGCCCUCGCCGCACUUCUCCUCGCGCUCGACCCGGCGUCCCCGAAGGUGGCCGAGCCCGCGCUCGAGUGCGUCGCCGGCCUCCUCUUCCUCCGCCUUCUCCUCGGCGACGUCGACGCGGUCGACCCCUCCCCGGUCCCGAAACUCUUCGCCGCGGUGCUCUCCUGCAUCUCGCUCGGUGGCGGCGGGGACGAAGCGCUCGAGCUCGCCGUGCUGCGCGUUCUCGUCGCUUUCGCGCGGUGCCCGGGCGUCUCCGUCAGCGGGGAGUGCCUGGGCCAGGUGGUCAAGGCGUGCUACAACGUCUACCUCGGGAGCGCCAGCGGCGGCAACCAGCUCUGUGCCAAAAUGGCCCUCGCACAGGUGCUGGUCAUCGUGUUCGCGCGCGUCGAGGCCGACGCCAUGGACGUCCGCGUGCGCACUGUCUCCGCUGCCGACAUGAUUGACCUCUCUGACCGCAGCCUCAACGACUCCAGCGUCGUACAGGCGGCUCAGGUGUUCUUAAACGAGGCCAUGGAGGGGAGCGACGUGCCGGAGGAGGCACCCCCUGUAGAUGCGGCAUCAGUUGAGGCGGAAGGCACUGGGGAGGAUGGUGGAAUAAGCAAGAUAAGGGAGGAUGGCCUGGCUUUGUUCAAGAACCUAUGCAAGUUGUCAAUGAAGUUUGAUACGCCUGAUAGCCCCGAAGAUCCAAUGCUAUUAAGGGGGAAGGUGUUGUCGCUGGAGCUGGUUAGGAUGGUCAUUGACAAUGCAGGGCCAUUCUGGAAGACGAAUGAAAAGUAUCUUGAAGCAGUUAAGCAGUACCUUUGUUUAUCCUUGUUGAAGAAUAGUGCCUUGUCUGCAAUGAGUGUCUUCCAGUUAUUGUGUUCCAUCUUUAUGAGUCUAAUAUCAAGGAUUAUUAAUGGACUUCUAAAGACUGCUUUAGGUGUCCCUACUGGAUCUACAACAACAUUAACUGUUGCACAAGACCAAACAUUUAGGAUUGAGUCUGUCAAGUGCCUUGCUACUGUUGUUAAGUCGAUGGGUGCAUGGAUUGACCAACAACUGAGAAUUGGUGAAUUUUCACCAGGCAGUUCUGAAACUCUAAGUUCAGCUGAGAACCAUAAUAUUCAUAAUGGAGAAGAAGGGAGCGGAAUAGAUUAUGAACUGCAGCUUGACACUAGUAGUUCUGACAUAACUGACUCUUCCUCACUUGAGCAACGGCGUGCUUACAAGAUAGAGCUUCAGAAAGGAAUUACCUUGUUCAACAAAAAACCUUCCAAAGGUAUCGAUUUUCUCAUUCGGAGCAAGAAAAUAGUCAAUUCUCCAGAAGAUGUGGCUUCUUUCUUGAGAAAUACUGCUGGAUUAAAUGCAACAAUGAUAGGCGACUAUUUGGGUGAGAGGGAUGACUUUCCCCUCAAAGUAAUGCAUGCUUAUGUGGACGCUUUAAACUUCGAAGGCAUGGACUUUGGUCAAGCAAUUAGGUUCUUCUUGCAAGGUUUCAGGUUACCAGGAGAAGCUCAAAAAAUUGACCGGAUCAUGGAAAAGUUUGCUCAAUGCUACUGUAAAUGCAAUCCAAAUGCUUUUACUAGUGCAGAUACAGCAUAUGUUCUUGCUUAUUCUGUGAUCUUGCUAAACACUGAUGCUCAUAAUCCGACGGUGAAGAACAAGAUGUCUAAGGCAGAUUUUAUGCGCAACAAUCGAGGAAUAGAUGAUGGGAAGGAUUUGCCAGAAGAUUAUUUGAGUACACUGUAUGACCAGAUUGUCAACAAUGAAAUCAAAAUGACUGCUGAUUCUUCAGUUGCACAAACCAAGCAAUCCAAUAGUGUAGGCAGGCUUCUAGGCUUGGACAAUAUUAUCAACUUUGUCAAUUGGAGAUCAGCAGAAGACAAGGCAGUAGGAGCAAAUGACUUGCUCAUUAAGCACAUACAGGAAAAAUUCAAAGCAAAACGUGGGAAAUCAGAGUCCACGUUUUAUGUUGUUGCUGAUGCAACCAUUUUAAGAUUCAUGAUGGAGUCCUGUUGGGCACCUAUGAUGGCUGCGUUCAGUGUGCUCCUUGAUCAGUGUGAUGAUAAGGCUGCUACAUCACAGUGCUUGAAGGGAUUAAGAUUUUCCGUGCACAUCACUUCUGUUAUGUGCAUGCAGACACAGAGGGAUGCUUUCUUAACAUCCAUAGCCAAAUUCACAUCUCUCCAUUCUGCUGCAGACAUGAAGCAAAAAAAUAUUGAUUCUAUGAAGGCUAUAAUAUCUAUCGCAAUCGAAGAUGGCAAUUACUUGCAGGAAGCUUGGGAACAUGUAUUAACUUGUUUAUCACGGUUUGAGCAUUUACAUCUGCUUGGAGAAGGGGUUCCCACUGAUGCAUCCUUUCUGACAGUACCUCUGAUUGAGUCAGAAGAAAAAACUAAGAAGUCUACUUCUGUCCUAACUUCUAAGAAGACUAAUGCUCUUCAGAAUCCCGCUGUGAUGGCUGCCGUUAGAGGGGGUACUUACGAUAGCACAGUGGCAAAAGGCAGUGCGUCAGCACUGGUCACUCCUGAACAGAUCAAUAAUUUCCUAUCAAGCAUUAAUUUAUUGGAUCAGAUUGGCAUUGUUGAGUUAAAUCAUAUCUUUGCCCAUAGCCAAAGAUUAAACAGUGAUGCUAUUGUUGCUUUUGUGAAAGCUCUUUGCAAGGUCUCAAUGACUGAGCUGCAGUCUCCAACAGAUCCUCGUAUCUUCUGCCUUACUAAAAUAGUAGAGAUUGCGCAUUACAAUAUGAAUCGCAUACGUCUGGUGUGGUCACGUAUUUGGAAAGUCUUGUCAGACUUUUUUGUGUCUGUUGGGUUGUUGGAAAAUCUUUCUGUCGCUAUAUUUGUGAUGGACUCUCUGAGGCAGCUGGCUAUGAAGUUUCUAGAAAGGGAGGAACUGGCAAACUAUAACUUUCAAAAUGAGUUCCUUAGACCUUUUGUGAUUGUUAUGCAGAGGAGCAAUGCUCCAGAAGUUUUUACUUCUGCCGCAGCUGAUGAUACAAGAAGUACUGUCCUAUUGGCAUUUGAGACGGUGGAAAAAAUUGUUCGAGAUUAUUUUCAUCACAUAACUGAGACAGAGACAACAACAUUUACUGAUUGUGUUACUUGUCUUAUUGCAUUUACAAGUAGUCAGUUUAACAGCGACGCCAAUCUCAAUGCUAUUGCAUUUCUGCGAUUCUGUGCUGUUAAACUUGCUGAGGAAGGAUUUGCUUGUCAAGAUAGGGCUUUUGAACAACCCAGGAAUUCAGCCAUGGUGUGUGGUGGAAAUGCCACUGUGCAAAAAGAUGGUCAUAUUUCCCUCUGGGUGCCUCUCCUUGCAGGUUUAGCUAAAUUGACAACUGAUCCAAGACUGACUAUCAAGAAAGAGUAUAAUUUACCUGAUCUUGAAACACAAACGUUGGCAGUGAAAUGCUUGGUGGGUUUGUUUGUUAAUUUCUUCGAUGUGAUACGGCCAGAACUUGGUAGAACAGCAUCCAUUGUUACAUUUUUUAUCAGAAGCCCCUACAAACAUUGUGCUACUAUUGGUGUAUCUGCAAUUAUGCGUUUAGCAGAGGGGGUUGGUAACAAACUUUCCAAGGAGGAAUGGAAGGAGAUAUUGAUCUUAUUUAGAGAAUCAGUGACGCACACCUUCAUCAUGUUCUCUAAAAUUGUAAGGAUGAUGCAAGAUAUUGAUAUCCCAGAUAGAAUUGAUUCUUAUUCAGAAACCGAGCAAUAUUUGGAUCAAGAGAUGUAUGGUAAUGAUGAAGAGGAAGCGAAUAUGGAGACAACUUCUUAUGCUAUUGUCAAACUGAAGAAUCAUAUGGCCCUACUGCUCAUGGUGAUACAGAACAUUAUUAAAUUAUACGAGGAGCAUAGAAAAUAUCUUCAUGCCGAGCAUAUUAGUAUUCUUUUGGAGAUGAUGUCAGCUAUUGCGACCCAUUCAAGUGAAGUGAGCUCUGAAUCAUCCUUGCAGAUGAAAUUUCAUAAAGCAUGUUCCCUUUUGGAGGUAUCUGAGCCAGCAAUUGUUCAUUUUGAGAACGAAUCCUACCAGAGUUACAUCAAACUUCUUCAAGCUCUGCAACAUGACUAUCCAUCCUUGUCAGAAGAAAUGAACAUAGAGUCUCAAGUGCUUGAUACCUGUGAGCAAAUAUUGCGAACAUAUCUGAAGUGCACAGGACACAAACCAUAUGAUGAAACGUCUCAAAGAAAUCCAUCUUUACAUUAUGCAGUGCCGCUGAGCGCUGCUAAGAAAGAGGAAUUGGCUGCAAGGACUCCUCUGGUCCUUCAAGUGAUGAAAUUGCUGGGUGAUCUGGAGAGGGAUUCUUUUAGCAGAAUAUUACCCUGCUUUUUCCCAUUUUUGGUUGAUCUGAUCCGCUGUGAACAUAGCUCUGGAGAAGUUCAACAUGCACUGUACAAUAUCUUCCAAUCAGCCAUUCUCCCCAUGAUACGAGUUGAAUAG